UAUCGGUAAAAAAAAGAUGAAAAAGUUGUUUAUCUAAAAUACGUCAUUCCUGAUCGCCCUUCACUCACGAAAAGCGUAGUCUACACGAGCGGGAUUUCCUCGAGGUUCGGCCUGAACGGUGCAAGACCUUGAGGAAUUUCUCAACGUGUGUGGCGGCGUCCUUCAGGCCGCGAUGGGAGGGAGAGACCCAAAAUCCCGGACAAAAAUCAAUUCUUUUUCCUCCUUGAGGCCAGUUUAUACAGGUCUCUUGAUGACAGACGGCCUUGAGGAUUUGUGAAGUGCCUAUUUCUUCAUGUCUCGAGAAUUUUUAACAGAAUUUAUACAAAUGUACGAGAACGAACCUUGCUUGUGGCAAGUGAGUUCAAAACAUUACCACGAUAGAAAUAAAAAGGAGGUCUCGUACGCGAAACUAUUAACAAAAUUGAAAGAAGUGAACGCAAAGGCAACAAAAGAUGAUGUCAUUAAAAAAAUAAACAAUAUGAGAAGCGCUCUCCGAAAAGAAAAGAAAAAAAUUAAGGAAUCACUGAAGUCAGGAGCAUCUGCUGACACUGUGUACAAGCCUAAGUUGUGGUACUUCUCACUGUUGGGUUUUCUGUGUGAUCAAGACAUUAACCGAACUUCUCAAUCAAACGUGGACACUGAUGAUGAUGGCAUAGAUGAAGAAAAUACUUCUGAGACAGAUAUUAAGUCCUGGGUAGAGACUAAAAGUGGAAAGAAUAUUGAAGAACGUCCUCCUCUGCUGCCAUCAGCACAACUAAAAGCAGAACAUUCUUCACCCUCAAUGAAAAAGGAAUCCAAAGGCCCCAUUUAUGCUCCGAACGAUUUCCAGUGUUUCCACACAUCUAUCAAUAGCACAGUCAAAGACGAUGAUUCGUUCGACGCGUUUGGAAUCAGUGUCGCGAAGCAAUUGAGGAAGUUGUCAGAAGAACGAGCGCUUUUGGCUCAGAGCGCAAUACAGAAUCUUCUAACGGAAUACGGUAUUCAGGAUUUACGCGAAAAAAAGCGCUCCAGACGGUACUGUGACAGCGAUUAAUCCAAUGCACCAACAUCAUGAGUUCGGUAUUUUUUCAGCCUCAUUGGCUCAGUGUGAGACGACACCGGAGACAUUGUGUUACUGCACUAGAUUUUGCUAUAUAUAUCUAUGAUGCAAGCAAAAUCCUACAGCACUCGCUACCCACCAUUUUGAACACAAACACAAUUUCGACUUCAACAAUCCAAAA